AAAAUGUUUAGGCGGCAGCGGUGGACGAGGUCGUAGAGCAAGAAGGACGGACGAGAGGAGCCGAGUGGAAGCGUCUUUUGAGAGAGACGAUGACCGACGACGUAUCGCAGGGCGCUCCUCCAUCGGCGCUGGUGGAGGACAAGCCGGCCCCGCAGAGGAAGAUUCUGGCUAGCUUGGUCCGAGGCACAGUGAAAUGGUUCAAUGUGCGUAAUGGAUAUGGCUUCAUAAACAGGGAUGACACCAAAGAGGAUGUCUUUGUUCACCAGACUGCCAUCAAAAAUAACAACCCUAGGAAAUUCCUCCGCAGUGUGGGAGAUGGAGAGGUCGUGGAGUUCGACAUAAUUGAAGCGUCCAAAGGCUCCGAAGCAGCAAAUGUGACUGGACCUGGCGGGGUCCCUGUCCAAGGCAGUCGCUAUGCGCCCAACAAACGCCGCUUUCGUCGUCGCUUCUUAUCCCGUGUCUCCCAGCCUGGUGACCAGCUCAAACCAUCAGACAACCAAGACCCCACUUUGGAAGGCAAGGGUGCCAUGGAGAACGGGGGCCCACCGCCUGUUCAACGGCGCCGCAGGCCCCGUAGGCCACCGCAGGAGGAGGUUGAAGGGCAGAAGAGUGAUUUGGCCGAGAGUGAUCAGCAGAGGCCGCCAAGGCGUCGAUUCCGUGCACCAUACCGCAGGCCUUUCCGUCCUCGCCCACCUCCACAGCAACACCCAGAGGCCCAGCCGGCAUCUGCCCCAUUGGAGGCCCAGCCGGCAUCUGCCCCAUUGGAGGCCCAGCCGGCAUCUGCCCCAUUGGAGGCCCAGCCGGCAUCCGCCCCAUUGGAGGCCCAGCCGGCAUCCGCCCCAUUGGAGGCCCAGCCGGCAUCCGCCCCAUUGGAGGCCCAGCCAGAGGUGGAAUCCAAGCAGCCUGAGGUCCAGGAGACCAAUGGAGUAGAAGCCAAAGGCCAGAAACCACGGCGACAAUUUAGCCACCGUAGACAAAGAAAUUCUGAGUCGUGUGCUUCUAAAAGUGAUACAGAGAAGUCUGCGUCAGAACCUGGCACUCCCCCUCAAACCCCACAGCCAGCUGGAGUCAAAUCGAAAUCAAAGUCACCAAGAGCCUCUCCCAAAUCCUCUCCAACUCCGCCAAAGUCACCUGAGCAGACGCCGACCACAACAGUCCCCUCGCCUACAGAACAUUAGCCCUGAGAGGAGUGUCAUGUGAUGCUCGGCAAGAGGUUAUAGGGUUGGUAAACUGGGGAGCUGGGCCGAUACACCCACCCCCUCCCCAAAGAAAUGAAUGGAGGGGGGGAAAUCUGCUUGGUAGCCCAAUAAUUCUAUAACCCCACCCCUCCGCCAAUCCAUCCACGCCCCAGCAUUUUUUUUUCUUCCCUUUUUAAAUCAAAUGAAAUGAGGUGUGAGCAGUGUUGGCUGAAACAACCAGCUUUGAUUUUUUUUUUUUUUAAUUAGGGGGGGGGGACUAAGCAGAUUAAUCAAAGUGGUGGGUGCAACUCCAUUCUGAAACAUGCCACCCUCCAAUUUCAUCAGUUUUAGGAUAGAGUUCUAAGAAGAUGCUUGGUUUUGUUUUUACUUGAGAAGUUUUGUACGUGUUUUUCUUUGGAGGGAAUGUGCAAUAUCAAAUAAACCAUGUUU